UGCUAAUAAUAAACUCAAGUAAAGAAGACAGUUAUUUACAAUUUCCCAAGUAACACAGCUGACGACGUAUGCUGAGUAGAUUCCGAUUUCCAAAUUAGCUCUCGAGUUACUAACUCCUCUCCCCCCUCCCUGCUGCUGGCUGUUGCACGUAUUUACUUUGCGUAGCAGUAACUAAUCACCAUCACUGCCACCAUGUCGUAUCAACUCUACCGAAACACGACGUUAGGUCACACUCUUCAAGAAAGUUUAGACGAGUUGGUCCAGUACAAUCAACUCACACCUGCACUCGCCCUCAAAAUCUUGCUCCAGUUUGACCGCUCCAUGAACAACGCCCUUGCCAACAAGGUCAAGUCACGACUCACCUUCAAAGCGGGCAAACUACACACGUACAGAUUUUGCGACAACGUUUGGACCUUUCUUCUUAACGACGUCGAGUUUCGAGAGGUGCAUGAAGUCGCAAGGGUGGACAAGGUCAAGAUCGUCGCUUGUGAUGGAAAGACGGUUGCUCACGCACCUCCACUUCCGGAACGGGAUGAUUAAUUACAAAUAGUUAUUGUGAAAGAACAAAAAGGACCCCCAUGAUCAGCAGCAGCAACAGUUUUGAGAGGUCAAGAACUAAUAACAUUUUAAAAUCUCUGUAUGUAUUUUAUGAGUGAUUCCUAUGCCUAUGUAUUAGAUUUAUACUUGUUUGACUGGGUCGAAAGUAAACAAGUAUUUCGGUUUUCCUUUAGUUUUUAAGCUUUUGGUGGUCAUGUUAUCGUACACUUUUAUCGUGUGGGUUUUCAUCUGAUUAAAUAAAUCAAUCUCAUCCGUUUUA